UCCUGAUGAAGUCAUGAUGACGUCAUCAUACCAUUCCCCCAUUUCACGCGCGCAGCCACCUCCUUCCUCUCUAUCUUUCUCACCGAGCACCAAGAGUAGUGGUGCUGUCGGCAUCAACCACGGAACCACCACCACCACCAUAAUUAAUCAUUCUCUCCACAAACAUGUAUGGAAAGGACGUCACUGCUAGUCUCUUCUCUCCACAGAUCAGAAUUGUUUGGCUGCUUGCUUUGGCUGUCAUCAGUAGCUUGUCUUUUUUGAACCACAUACAUAUGCGCACUUCUCCAACACGGGUGCAAACAUGCAUCAGCUAGUGCUUUCCUUGCGAACAUGUUCCAAUUAACAAGACUUGAAAGAAUAAAGCCUUGACGCACAUGUUCCAUGUAUAACUCCACCUUCUCACUCGAUCGGCUGCUCUAGCUUGUUUCAAGUACAAUACUUUCCAUUUCGUUAACAAGUGAAUCAGUGGAGAGAGUGAUGAGAGAGAUGGAGAUUAGAGAAGAUCACCAUGAAGACGAUACAACAAGAGCACUCUAUGAGGUAGCAGUUGCAGGCUCAUUAUCAUCUUUCAAAAGAUUGAUUCAGAAAGACCCUCUCAUCCUCAACAAAGUUUCACUCACUCACUUCAGUGAAACUCCCCUCCACAUCUCAGCUCUGCUCGGCCACCUUGAUUUCACCAAGGCUAUUCUUACUCAUAACUCGAGACUUGCCACCGUGAGGGACUCCUUGAGACGCCCGCCGCUCCUCUUGGCAUCUGCCGAGGGCCAUAAGGACACUGUUCAAGCUCUUCUGAAAGCCUACCCCGACGCUUGCUUGUUUCGGGAUCAGGAUGGAAGAAUCCCUCUUCACUAUGCCGCUAUGAGAGGACACGCUGAGGUCUUAGCUGAGUUGAUGCGCACAAAACCCGAAUCAGUCAUGUGGAGGGUUCUUAAUAGAGGAGACACGGUUUUCCACUUAUGUGUUACUUAUAACCAAUUAGAAUGCUUGAAGCUAUUGGUGGAAGAGGUAGGAGACAAUAGAGACCUCCUCAAUGCUAGAGCUGGAUGCGAUGGUGGUAUGACCAUCCUCGAAUUAGCUGUGAUGCUAAGGCAAAUUGAGACCAUAAAAUACUUGCUUUCGCUACCUGUUGUGCAAGCAGAAGCAAAUGUUGUACAUGGGAGGGUUUUAAACAUGCUAGAAAACAGUCCAAGAGACUUCGUAAGUUUGGAAAUUCAACGAGUUUUGAUGGGUGCUGGUAUCAUGAGAAAUAGAAAGAAUGAAAAUGAUCAACUACUACCAUUACCAACCAGCAAAUCAAAGAAAGAUGAAAAAAAGGGAAGGAAAAGUGCAAAAAAGGUGAAUGAGAAACGCAGUCAGAGUGAGAAUUGGGUGGAAGAGAAACGCGGCAUGCUGAUGGUUGUGGCUACCAUGAUCUCAACAAUGACAUUCCAAGCUGCAAUUAACCCACCAGGUGGGCUUUGGCAAGAAAUGAACACCAAUACGACUUUUGAUGGAGUACCUGUUUGCAAUGUAACAAACCCUUGUGUUGCCGGAACUGCAGUAUCAAGCUACAUGCAUCCAGAUUACUUCACCAGAUUCCAGACUUUCAAUAUCGCCUGCUUCCUUUUAUCUUUGAGCAUCACUCUUUUGCUUAUAAGUGGAUUUCCUCUCCCUAAUAGGGUGCUUGUUUGGCUCUUGUCAAUGGUGGUGUGUCUCACUCUCACAUUCUUGACGCUGACCUUCAAUGAAGGUGCCAAGAUGGUAAUACUCAAAAGUGUUAAUCAUGAAGAUAUUAUGACUGAUAUGGUUAGUGGUUGUGCCUCAUUCCUUUAUUUUCCAUUAAUAUUGCUUAUACUGGCCGCUUUAUAUCACGCUAUUCGACUUCUGGUUUGGCUUGUAAAGAAGUUGAGGCGCCUAAUCUACCCCAAAAUCAAGAAGACGAGCAGCAACAAAGCAAAUCCUCAUCAGCCUCCUUUAAACUCUAGUCAUGAGAUCAGUUCGUACGUCUAAGUGGACUGAAAUGAUCGAUACUCGAUCUGUUCAUAUGUUUACUUGAUAAGACAAUCAAACCUGCAAGUAGACACCGGCAUGUAUAUUGUUAUGAAGCUUUCUCCCUGCUUUGAUGUUCUAUCUGUUUAGAGAGAAAAAAAAAAAAAAAAUCUAGCUACUAUAUAGUGCAUGCUGUUGUAUAAUUCAUCAUUUCUAUCUCCCUAUAUUGUUGCGUACUUAAGACAUGCAAUAUUAUACAUCUUUAGGUGUUCCUCGAUGGUCACUAUUA